AUGGGGCAGGACGAGAAACUGCCGUCGGCGCCAGCGCCACAGUCGCUUCCGCAGCCGUUAGACAGAGGCGUCGCCGCCAUUGAGGACGAAGGCACCGUCGAUCCAACGAACGAGACCGCCGCCAAGGGAACCACGCCGGCUGCAGGGGAGGAUGAGCGCAAGUUCCUGGCUGGCAUGCAGAUGUGGCUUGUCGCCAGUUCGCUCACCACAGCUAGCUUCCUGGUUCUGCUCGACAAUGCCAUCGUCGCAACCGUCUGUUUCCCCAUUGCCGCGGCCAUCCAGCCGCUCGUCGGCAAGAUUUACACACAAUUCCGCCUCAAGCACGUCUACCUAUCUUUCUUCUUCAUUUUCGAGCUCGGCUCGCUUAUCUGCGGCGUCGCCACGUCUUCUACCAUGCUCAUUGUCGGCCGCGCCAUCGCGGGCAUCGGCGUUGCAGGCGUCUUCGCCGGCGCCCUCAUCAUCAUUGGCGUCGCCGUGAUGCCGGAACAAAGAGCUCUCGUAACUGGCAUUUGCCUCAGCUGCGCUCAGCUGGGCAUUGUCAUUGGGCCCCUCAUCGGCGGCGCGCUUACCGAGAAAGUCUCCUGGCGAUGGUGCUUUUACAUAAACCUCCCGCUGGGCGCCAUCGUUCUCGGCGGCACCGUCUUCGUCACCAUCGCAGACCAGACUGCCCUCCGCCCUGCCCGCGACGUCAUGCCCACCCUCUACCGCAGCCUCGACCUCGUCGGCUUCCUUCUUCUUUCCCCUUCAUCAAUCAUGCUGCUUCUCGCCCUCCAGUGGGGGGGCAAUACCCACGCCUGGUCCAGCGCCACUAUCAUCGGCCUCUUCUGCGGCGCUGGUGUCCUGUUUCUCGUCUUCGUUACCUGGGAAGGGCGCAAGGGGGCCGAUGCCCUUAUCCCUACCCCUGUCGUCCGCAAUCGCGUGGUCGUUGCCGCAUGCGUCGUCGCCAUGUCCAUCAUGGGUACUACGAUUCUCGCUUCAUACUGGAUGCCCAUCUACUUCCAGACAGUGCGUGGAAAGUCCCCUCUAACAAGCGGAGUGAAUAUGCUGCCAAACAUUAUUCCCUCGGUUGUCUUUGGCAUCUUAACCGGGUUUCUAAUCGGUAAAGUCGGCUAUUAUCUCCCCUUCGCCGUCGUCGGAGGUGCCCUCACAUGCGUAGCCACAGGGCUUCUCUCGAUCCUCCGCCCUGACUCCUCCACUGGCUACUGGAUUGGUGUCCAGUUCCUACUCGGUGCCGCACGUGGCCUCGUUCUGCAGACAAGCUUCAUCUCCAUCCCGCACGCCACCACGCCCGCCCUGGUUCCCACGGCCGUGUCCAUGUCCAUUUUUUGCCAGUACAUGGGUGGCGCCAUCUCCCUCUCCCUCGCAAAUGUCAUCUUCCUCUCUAGCCUGAAGUCUCAGCUGCUCAUUGACGCCCCCGGCGUUGAUCCACGCCUCAUCAUUGACGCCGGCGCCUACUCAGUCCGUGACGUCGGUAUCCCCGAGGAACUCCUGCUGGGCGUGCUGCGCGCGUACUGUACGAGCGUCGAUCGAGUCUUCUACCUCGCGUUGGCUGUGUCCGUGCUGCUGUUCGUAUCGGCCUGCUGCUCCGGCUGGGUCGACACUCGCAAAGCGACGAAAGAAGAGGAAUGCGCCGGCGAGACAUGUGGGGGACAGACUGCAUCAACAAAGACUCAAGUUUGGCGCGGAUCGUGA